AUGUCUGCGAGUUUACAGACUGCCUGCCGCUGUUCCGGCAGUCCAGCCCCUGGCACGAAAGAAUCCAUUGCUCAAGUGACAUAUCCACCAACCUGGGCCGCUGUCGCUACGCUCUACCCCAGUGCUGUCACAAUUAUGACACGUCAUGCCCAGCCAUUGGGUACUUUCCUCGAACGCGAAGUUUGCAUGUUGAACUCGCCAUCUUUCGUCCAAUCUUUCAUCCAAUCUUUCUUUCAUGGCUAUACCAACGUUAUCCACUCGCUAUUGGGAGCUUCCAUUGAUGCCUUGGUCAUCGUCAGCGUGUUACUUGGCCGAAUGGGCUACGUUACAGCCCCUAACCUGCAUAUAGGCGUGGGAAAACGUGGCACAAGUGACAGCCAGGGCCAUGGUACCCGUAAUAUUAAGGAAAGCGGAGACACACAAACCACGGCACGUCAUCAAGUUUUCUCUUCCGUCUUUCGUGCUAGUAUACCUAUGGCGAGCGCACGAAGUCGACUCCGCGAAGUAAUAACGAGGGGGCCAAAAUGGGUCUAUCUAAUACUCCGAGUAGUUGGUACAGACGUAAUGGAUGCAUUCUUCUCCGGCAUUGCGCCGAGAAAACACGGUCAGCCCCUUGAGCCCCUUGCUACUCAAACGAGCAGGAAGAAGAUCAAUGCCCGCUUCGAGAUGUGGCUCAACACCUACUGUACGCCUGUUGUUCCUCCCAACCAUCGAGCCAUGGAUGAAAACAAGGAUCGUACUACAUUAGUAGUUGCUGAGGCCAUGGUGAACAAUUCUGACGUCGUCGCCGUUAGCAUCUGGAUUGAAGAUGAACUCCACAUGCUGGUUCGUUCGCCUUUUUGCCGAAUCUACCUGUACAAUGGUGACGAAGAUGGGCCCUGA